AUGGGUCUUAGUGAUCGUUACCCUGCCUAUGGUGGCCGUGGUCCCGAUGAUUUGCGUCUGGGACUCGGACUCGGCGCUGUCGCUACCAUUUUUAUGGCAUUGCGUGUCUAUGUGAGACUUCGAGUGAAUAAGUUCGGCACUACAGCAUUGAUCUGGUCUCUUGUGGCUUGGUUCCUCACUGCCAUCACACAAACCUUCGGUGUGAUAUCCAUUCUCCACGGACUCGGAAAUAGAAUCACAAUUGUUGAGGAAACCGGCCAAUUGGGCAAUUAUCUUCUUUUCACAUGGAUCACCGUCUUCUUUUUCAAUAUGGCCAUUCCCAUUGGAAAGGUCGCCGUGGCAGCGUUCUUGAUUGAAAUGAAUGCACAAGGCAACCGCAAAAUCCGUCAAAGUCUGGUCGCCGUCGCCGUGCUCAACAUUGUCAUCAAUAUUCCCCAGGUCUUACUCGCCUGGUUCCAAUGUAGCCCACCCAAGGCACUAUGGGAUCCCAACCGACAAGACCUAUGCGACCACAGAACAAGUGUACACUAUACCUACUUCGUCGGUGCUGUAGCCGCAAUCUCCGAUUUCUACCUCGCAAUCAUCCCCGUCACAAUGCUCGCCCCCUUGCGAAUCGACCGCAAGCUUAAAUGGGGUUUGAGUUUCCUAAUGGGCUGCGGUGUUUUCGCCGGAGCCGCAGCCAUCGUCCGAACAUGGGCAGCGAAAUUCAUUAUGAGCGACGACCCUUCAUACGGUGUCGGCAUUCUAUUCCGCUGGGGUGAAGUCGAGGAAUGGAUUGUCCUCAUUUCAAUGUCCAUUCCACCAGUGUGGCCUCUAUUCCGUCCCUUCACGACACGAUUCAUCAAGUCUACUGGACACUCUCGCAGCCCGCACAAUAACUAUCUUUACAACCAAUAUGACUCGAAGCGAGCAGAGCUCAAUUCGCAUGCUGAGCCGCCUAUCAUCACCACUACUAUCUCGAUUUCGUCUACCAAGGGUGUGCACGCAGCCGCUGAGCCUGUGGGUGCAUCUUCGUCGAGUGGUUCGAUUUCUCGAUUUGAAGAGGAAGAGGCCGAGACACCUCACACUGUUUUGAGUCGUAACGGUGAUCCAGAGGGCUGGGUGGAAUUAUCUCAUUAUAAAAAUCACCAUGGUCAGUGA